CCGAAGUACUGAACAAAUCCCAACAUUCUUACUUAAAGCUUCUCAUUGAAGAAUUUUCACGCUAUGUCCUUGCGCAUGGAUGAGGAUCGUCCUGACGAGGAACAGUCAGCCCAGGUUCAGGAUGACACAUUCUAUGCGUUAUUGAAUGUCCCUCGUGAUGCAUCUACAGAUCUUAUUAAAGAAAAGUACAGACAAUUGGCAAUUUUGCUGCAUCCAGAUAAGCAACAUGAUGAGCACCGUCGCGCGACUGCUAACGACCGCUUUCAACGCCUGAAGAGAGCGUAUGAAGUUCUUUCUGACCCCCACCUGCGAGCUGUAUACGACGCAUUAGGUGAAGAAGGGAUCAGAUAUGCAGGGGAGAUUAGCCGGAAAUAUAAAAGUGCAGAGGAGAUCAUAGCAGGAAUUGAGCGUCUUGCCCGUAAGAGCGGGGUUCGGGACACCCCCACAACUUCUGAUACCGUCGUAAUCGGGGUGGAUGCCCGGACACUCACUGUUCCAACAAGCCAUAUUGUUCCUGGUGCACGCACCCCAACCUUUUUAGAUAGGCUACAUGGCAUCGAGGUGUCGAACUUUAGCGUUAGACAUGCCCUUCACGCUUCAGUAGCCCCUUCAACCAAGUUGUCUCUGGCUGCAAGAACCGCCAGUCGAGCGACACAAGGCUCUUUCAUCGGAACGGUGCGACACCAAUUUUCACCACGAUUGGCGGUCGAGUCAAGCAUCGCGUGUUUGCAUCCCCUCUUUAUGAGCAUAAGGGCGAGCUAUGAUGUAGAUCCUCAUACUGAGCUCCGGCUCUUCACCCGAUUUAACUCCGGUCGAUCGAUUCUGUUUCCUGCGUUUUCGGUGGUUGUGUCAAGGGUGCUUUAUCCCAAAGCAAUUGGGACCGUCACCUUCAAUAGUGGCUGGCCACCAUUAUUAAUCAGCAAUUUCACCAAUAACCCACCUAAUAUCACUACCAACUCUUCCCCAAGCUCCUUCGAAAUUGAAAUUAAAUCCAACCCCUGGACUGUAAGCACCGUUCUCAGCGGAGAUGGCAACAACGGCAGCAUUGCGAUACAAGGUGCCUACACAUACAAAGUAACCAGCUCUACGGAUGUCAGCAUAAGUGCCGUCCUUACCAUUCCGAGCGGUAUUGCCUUCGUGUUGACAGGCGUUCAACGAUUUGGAUCACAAUCGAAGGGAGCUCCCCCAACCAUCCUGAACGUCAAUGUACUGUUAAGCAUGGCAGGCAUCGAACUACGCAUUCGGUGCGUAAGUCCUUCUGCAAUGCGAUUCUUUGCUGGGCUGCGCCUUCGCUCAAUUCACCGGCUUUCCUCGUCCCGACGAUGACUUGAAACUCACGCACGUUUAAUUUGCCAUGUCACCGACCCGCUACUCCUUUGUGUUUCUAUGUCUAGAAUUGCUCGGGAAAGCCAGGUUUUCUCCAUUCCUAUCAAGCUUUCAGAUGACCUUAGCUUCACAUUGGCAUUGUGGACGACCCUGAUACCGGCGCUGGGUACCGCUGCCCUGGAAUACUUUGUGUUGCAUCCCAUU